GCCUUUGAAAGAGCUUCGCUAUUAUAUUGCACUUUCAACUGGUGACCAUCAGGAAACGCCCUCAUCAUCUUUUUACCACAGACCAUUGUUUGUCCUGUUAUCUUAUCUCUUCUUUUUUUUUGUGAUCUCGGCUAAUGUUUUGAUGCUGUGUUCGAUCUGAUUUUGUUCAGUGUAUGGGAUGUACUUCUGCAUGUUUAUGACUAUUUUUUCAGAGCAGAUUAAGCUUUGGGAAAGGGAACUGGAAAUGGUGACACAGAACGUGAAGUUAUCGAAUGCACUCAAGGUUGGCGAAAGACGCGUUGUUACUCUAGAAAGUAUAAUUCUCAAGUCGAACCUGAAGUUAGGUGGACUGAACUACGAGAGACUUGGAUGGAAUCUUGCCGCAAGAAGGGGCAAAAGACUGGAUCCGUCCUGGUCGUCUUUUCCUAGGAAUUGGAGUGCCCCUUCUGUUAUUGGAUACGCUGCAAACUUCAAGGCCAAUCGCUUCGACACAGUCGGAGAUUAUCUUUUCCAAAGCUCGAGGAGAGAAGGCAAUCUCUACGAUAAGCGGUCUGUCAGAGGGCUCCUUCAGCACUGUACUCACUCACGAGAUACCCCUUCUUCUGCAACUCUUUCUGCUUUGGGUGCUAAGAACAUCAAAACUGUCUUUAUUGUUGCACAAAAAGAACACAAUGUCCGCCUUGUGCUAGAUCGUAUUGAACGCUCUCGCAAGCCAACCGAUCAGAUUAUCACACUGGAAUUGUAGUGGAUACCGAACUCACCCAUCCUUCUUUUAAAAUGUUCUUCCUCAAUUCUCAUAUCACUUUACAGGCAAUCCUCGGAAUCUAGCUCAUCUGAUUCUGGAGCUUCGACAGUCUAUGUCUAUGUCUAUGGGUGUCUUGCGCACCGCUUCCUACACUCACACGAAGUUGGCGAAUGUUCGUGUCAAUGCUUAAUUGAUCUACACGUACAUGUUCUCCUCAUUACAUGAGUGCUGCGACAUCGCCACCUACGCCAUGUCCGUCAAGUUUCUUAAACCGUCGGCUGUAGCAAUACAGAUAAUAAUGUUCGUUCUGAUUUUUGUCGAAAAUUAUUCAAUUUAUAUGUCCUUUAUGCACAAAUAAUCAAGCAUUCUUGCUAUCGAAUAAUCAAGCAUUUUUGCUACCCUGUCAUUAUCUCAGUUUUGGCGUUAUAUACAGGUAUUCGGGUAUGCUGCAAGUGCUAUAUUUACUACUUAGAGUAUUUUGACUUCCAUUUUUCUUAACGCAUUUUUGGUUUUGCAAAUGAAGAUUGG